AUGGUUGAUUUCGGUGGCGCAGCAAUGGAUGUUUCCAUGCCACAAGUAGGUAAUCGUCAUUCGACUCCAAUCAGCCAACGCCUCACAUCUACGGCACUCGAUCUGAUGCCUUGGGUCAUGGAAGACGUCUGCAAAGCACAGCAAUGCGAGGCAGACAACAUGCUCGAGUACAUAUUGAGCCGAGUUUCAAACUCGCCAGGUGACCGUAUCGACUUGGAGAAGCAUCCCAUUUUAGACAAAUGCAUGAAUGCAGUUCUGCCCAUAUGUAAUGGGCGAUCUCAAGGCAAGAAACUGAGAGUCCCGGCCUCGGAGAUCAAGGCGACUCUCACACGGUACGCGAAGUAUAAACUGGAGGAUGACUUGUACCGGCCCUUCGUCGUGGCGUCCAACAUUGCUCUCGCGCACCUGAAAGAGCUGCAGAUCGAUGGUAUGCGUGUAAACGAAAGCGAGGAAGUACAGAUGUUCUUUCAGCGCAACGAUCCAAGGGUCAUCCAUCAAGAUCACGCAGAGGAUAAGUCCACACGCAAACCAGAUGUCAUCGUUUGUUCAUUCGCGAACGACGCCAAAUAUUUUAAAAAAGCUAGAUCCAGCAGCUGGGACGAGCAUGUAUCGGCGAUAGGCCAAGGAAUGAAGCCUCCUCCCGAUGAAUACUCCGUGUCAGAGUACCGAGCUUCCCAACCAAAGUUUUUGAAUAUUGGCAAGGACGGAAAUGAACUGCAAGAAACAGAGCCGCGAGUGGCUUCUGUUGCCGAGCGAGUGAUACUCUCAAAGCCGGUUGACGUACGCAGAUCACCUCGCAUCAACCCUCCGGGAGGCUCUGGAAUGGCAUCCAGGAAACGCACGGCAGGGGCCGAACCUGAGCCUCGCUCGAGCAAGCGACCUAGGGCGGACGAGCCCAGGGCACACGUAACAAUUCAGACAGCGCUGUACGCUGCUGAGAUGCAGUCCGCCAAUAUUGCGGGGAAGCAAGCCCUCAAUUGCAUUGUCAUAGGCGACGACAUUUGGAUUUGGUAUUACGACCACCAAGGCCUCAUCAGCGUGGCAGGGUUCAAUUUUGUUCAAGAUCUCCCUCACUUUCUGGUGUUGUUAUAUGCUCUCCAGCGAUUCAAUUUGGAGGACUGGGGUCGAAACACAGACUUUGAACCGCAGCUCGAAGGCGACCGCGUCAAGUCCUACAUCCUCGAGGUCGAUGGAUGCACACUGGAACUUUACGGGAAGAGUGACCCCCACAUGGUGUUGGCGGGACGUGGGACUAAUGUUAUGGACGUCACCUGCGAAGGCCCAAUGUCGGUCAAUUCGAAGGAAAAGGCUGAUGAGCUGGUGGCGAAAAUUUACUGGGCGGAGGAGGCACGAGUCCCAGAGGAAUAUAUUUUGAACCGCAUCGAGGAAGCUGGGAAGCACGACGACACCAUCAGAGGACAUGUGCCAGAUUUGCGCUUCACGAAGAGGUUUUCGGUUUCCACAUCUAUCAUUCGGAAGGCUCUUGGCCUCAAGAACCCUGAUAAAGGCAGCAGGGUGCUUGUCCUGCUCGUAUCAAAGAAGCUUUCGCCAGUCUAUGAGCUCCCAGGCGACGAAAUGUUCGACGCAUGGCGGCAGUGCGUUUUGUGUCACUAUACUCUCUGGAGCAAGGGGAUCCAUCAUCGUGACGUGAGCCACUCAAACCUGAUGUACUAUAGGGAUGGCAGCAAGGUGAUGGGCGUCUUAAACGAUUAUGACCUUUCGUCUUUAACAGAUUUUGACAACCUGAUGGGUGACGAGCAGACUGGAACAAUGCCGUUCAUGGCAAUUGAUCUCCUCGAGAAAGAGGGCCUGGAUGGCAAAGUGGAGCACCUAUACCGCCAUGAUAUGGAAUCGUUCAUCUACGUAUUCAUCUGGAUUUCCCUGCAGUACAAGAACGGCAUCUCGCUGGAGCCAGGACCCCUGGAUUCAUGGACCAAAGUCGAUGCCCGUGGAUGUUCGGAGAAGAAGAGCCAUUUCCUGGCUCUCCGUGAAGUGCCUGAAGAUGUCGACAACUACAAUCUUGUGAUGGAUCUCGUGAUCUUCCUUGCGCAGAGACUCAACGCUCAUAAUCAUCGCAAGGCAACUGAAAAAGCUGCUCGACAAUGGCUGGCAGAUGCACGUUCUUCAGAUGCUGUUAAAGCCGCUGCACAGAACACACUCAACACACUCGGAGACCUUCGGGAGGAAGAAGACGAGGAGGUGUAUAAAGCAUUUUUAUCGCAGAUUCCAUCAGUAAAUUGA